UGUCCUCCGGCUCCUCCAUCCUCUCUCCGAGGAGGAUGAGUCUGCUGCUCUGCUGAUGGAGGAGGAGGGAAGAAGCUGCUAUAAAUAACUCGGAGCUUCUACAGGUCGCUGCGCUGCAGGUCUGGGAGGCGCUCGCGCCUCUCCUUCCUCUUCCUCCAUUGAUCAGUUGGGUGAGGAAGGCGGAUCCUCUGACGUCACCUUCAAGCAGCUCGGCUGCGUCAGAGUCCAGCUGAGCAGGAGAAGAAGGAAACAGGUAAUACAAAGGGAAGAGGUUCUGGACCGAGCGGACCGGACCGGACCGGAGCGGAGCUGCAGCGGACAGACUGACGGACAUGGAGGAAGAACAGAAGGAGAAAUUAUUAUGGAGCGUCAAACGGGAGGUGAAGCAGAUUAUGGAAGAAGCAGUAACUAAGAAAUUUGUGCAUGAAGACAGCAGCCACGUCAUCGCUCUCUGCACUGCCAUCGAGGCCUGCCUGACUCACCUCCUGAAGAGACGAGCAGCCGGAUUUCUCCGAAGCGACAAGAUCGCCGCCCUCUUCACCAAGGUUGGCAAAGUGUACGACACGGCGGGGGAUGUUUGUCAGAAGGUUCAGGAGCAGCUCCAACAGCAGGCGGGUCUCAACAGGAGAGCCCAGAGCGUCGGCCAUGAACCUCUGAGAAGACAGGGCUCCUCCACCACCAGCCGCCCCCCCCAGCCGCUGUCUGCCCAGGCUAUCAAACACAUCUGGGUCCGAACUGCUCUCUUUGAGAAAGUUCUGGAUAAGAUAGUCCAGUACAUCGUGGACAACUCCAGCAAAUACUAUGAGAGGGAAGCUCUGAUGCACGACCCGGUCUUUGGUCCCAUCCUAGCAGCCCUGCUUGUGGGACCCUGUGCUCUGGAAUACACAAAGCUGAAAACGUCCGAUCAUUUCUGGUCAGACCCCUCAGCCAAUGAGCUGGUUCAGCGCCACCGUAUCCACGGGGCCCACCGCAGCCUGGAUGUGUCCGGCCGCCGGCCUGCUUUGGGGAUCCGUAAGAGGCAGUCCAGCGGCAGCAUAUCAGAAGAUCGGUUUGCAGCGUCUGCCAGAGAGUAUGUGGAGUCUCUCCAUCAGAACUCCAGAACGCACCUCCUUUAUGGCAAAAACAACGUCCUGGUGCAGCCGAAGAAGGACAUGGAGGUGUUACGGGGCUACUUGUCUCUCCAUCAGGCUGUGGAAAACCUCACUCUGAAGUGGACCCCUAACCAGCUCAUCAACGGUACUCUGGGAGACUGUGAUCUGGAGAAAAGCAUUUACUGGGACUACGCACUGACUGUUCCUCUGCGCCAGAUCGUUUGCAUCCACUGUCACCAACGGCCGGAUUGUGGAGGAACGCUGGUACUCGUCAGCCAGGAUGGCAUCCAGCGGCCCCCCCUGCACUUCCCCCCCGGCGGUCACCUGCUGGCCUUCCUGUCCUGCCUGGAAGCCGGACUGCUACCCCGAGGUCAGCUGGAACCGCCCCUCUGGUCCCAGAAAGGCAAGGGGAAGGUGUUCCCUAAGCUGAGGAAGAGGAGCAGCGCGGCGCGGCUGAUGGAGCAGGACAGAAACGGCGAGGACCAGACGGCGGCCGAUUACGUCUUUCGCAUCGUCUACCCAGGAUACCGCUACGACGCCACAGUCACCAUAAACUACCACCACACCACGGGCAGCCGCGCGCCGUCGCUGGACGACGAUGAGGAAGAGGAAGAUAGGCUCCAUGCUAUGAUCUCAAUGAUCUGCUCGCGGAACCUCACAGACCCUAAUGUCCUGAAAGACCAUGGGGAGAUGUUGGAGAUGCAAGGUUUUGGAGGCAGCCCAUCGUCGUGGCAACAGACCGAUGUAACCAGUCACGAGCUGCUGUGCCAGUCCUGCUCCACAGCUGGAAGCAACACAUCGUUCGACUACACAGCCGGCUGCUCCUGCCUGCACCAGCCGUCAGAUAUUCACACUGUUCCACUGAAGAUGCUCUGUCAGAACAUGAAGCGGCAGAUCGUCUCCAGAGCCUUCUAUGGAUGGCUAGCAUACUGUCGACACCUGUCCACCGUGCGGACUCACCUGUCAGCUCUGGUCAACCACAACAUCGUCCCCCCCGACAGACCAUGUGAGGCGUCAGGAGGGCUCAGCAAAGAGGUGUGGAGCAAGUACCAGAAGGACUGCAAGAACUACAAGGAGCUGGAGCUGCUCAGGCUGGUCUAUUAUGGGGGAGUGCAGCACGAGAUCAGGAAGGAGGUUUGGCCCUUCCUGCUGGGACACUAUAAGUUUGGGAUGAGCAAGAAGGACAUGAGCCAGAUUGAUGCCAAGAUCCAGGAGCGCUACCAGCAGGUGAUGCGGGAGUGGAAGGCCUGUGAGGUCAUCGUUAAGCAGAGGGAGAAGGAGAUGCAGUCGGCCAUCUUUGCUAAGCUGUCGUCUGGCAGCAGCAUAGACAGCCACGUCCUACGGCUCGCUCACAGAGACUCCACACUCAGCAAUGAGGUCUUUAUGUCUGUGGACGAGCCGGAUGCUGGGAGCCAGGAGACACCCAUUGGAGAAGACGGCACUCCUGUCAUGACCACCCUGGCCCCGCCCACUGCUGGGCCCCCAGAGGAGCGUCCUCUGGUAGAGUUUGACUCCCCCGACUCAGGCCUCCCUUCCUCCAGGAACUACUCUGUGACUUCUGCUCACUCUCAGAUCCUGUCCAGCAUAGACGACGGUCAGAGCACCGAGGAGGAAGGGGGGACCUCAGUGGGGGGGCGUCAGGACUCUCUGAUGGAGGACAAGCUGUGCAGUCAGCUGGACAAACUGGUGACGAGCGGAGCAGCCGCUGAGGGGAUGUCCGCCUCUCUGUCCUCUUACACGAUCGAGCUCCUGGACACAGUGGCCGUCAACCUCCACAGAAUAGACAAAGAUGUGCAGCGCUGUGAUCGCAACUAUUAUUACUUCACCACUGCCAACCUGGAGAGACUACGCAACAUCAUGUGCAGCUACGUGUGGGAGCAUCUGGAGAUGGGCUACGUUCAGGGCAUGUGUGACCUGCUGGCACCGCUGAUGGUCAUCCUGGAUGACGAGAGUCUGGCCUACAGCUGCUUCACUCAGCUGAUGAAGAGGAUGAGUCAGAACUUUCCAAACGGUGGAGCCAUGGACACACACUUUGCCAACAUGAGGUCGCUGAUCCAGAUCCUGGACUCGGAGCUGUUUGAGCUGAUGCAGCAGAAUGGAGAUUACACUCACUUCUACUUCUGCUACCGCUGGUUCCUGCUGGACUUUAAAAGAGAGCUCCUGUAUGAGGACGUGUUUGCCGUGUGGGAGGUGAUCUGGGUGGCCCCCAGGAUCUCCUCUCGGCAUUUUGUCCUCUUCCUGGCCCUGGCUCUGGUCACCGUUUACCGUGAGAUCAUCGUAGACAACAACAUGGACUUCACCGACAUCAUCAAGUUCUUUAACGAAAUGGCGGAACGUCACGACGUCCAGCUCAUCCUACGGAUAGCCCGGGAGCUGGUGCACAGAGUCCAGUCUCUGAUGGACAACAAGGAACUGGUGUGACUGGGAGGACGGCGUGUGCAGCCUGGUGUCAGAGAGACGGGUUUGUGGCCCUUAGGGGCCCCGCUGGAGGCCCCGGAGUUCUGUUUACAUGUUCCUUCACAUGGAAUGCCCAUGGUGUCUGUUCAGACAUGUGGAUUUGUCUGCAUGCUAGUGAGUUUAAUCACACUGUGAACACAUUCUUCAGUCCCCAGUCCAACAGCGUGUGCGUGCAUGAAAACACACACACGGAGCGCCAGCUGCUCGCCAGCUGUGGCGCAGUGCUGCAGGAGGCCACCAGAGGACAGCAUUCACACAUCGCAUGGUCAGAGACAGAAGACUUUGCCACGAAGAUGCUUUCAUCCGUGACCAAAUGAACUGUGCCAACCACUGUUUUCUACAAGCACGCAUGUUUUUAGCUGCUGGCCCCAUUUUUAGCUUCUGUUCUUGUCUGAUGUCUCAUUGUUACACAAAUGUUGCCUUUACUGACAGCCCAAGGUACUUAGAUGCACUUUUCUCUGAGAGUUUCCUAUUGGUUCUUAUGAAGGAGGAUUGGUUGCAGCCAGUUUUCCUGCACAUGGUGGCAGAUAUUUAAAGCACGUGUGGAACAAAAACAGAAGAGCACAACAGAAAAGGGAAAAGCACAGAAAAAGGCCUCUGAUGGAGGGAAGCAGCUUCUAAAGCUGCCUGGACCAGAGUCAGAGCGUUCAGGGUGACCAGAUCCGCCGGUCGGUCCAUGCAGGGUCUGUCCAUCACAGACACAGUGAUACCUGAGGGAAACCAGUGACGCCAGCAGCCAACGCACUGGAUGGGCUUCCCCAGACUGGGAUUUAAUUCUAUUCUAUUCAGUUUAUUUCUAUAGCUCCAAUUCACAUCAUGUCAUCUCAGGUCACUUUCCAGUUCACCAGAUCAUCCAGUCAGAUUGAUUCAAAGUUUUCUAUCUAAGGAAAACC